AUGGUAGCGACUAGAACCGGAGCCGGAGACAGUGGAGAUACGACCACCGAAGAUUCGAUGCAGUCAACCAGCCAGCACACCGAGUCUACAUUCGCCGGCUGGCCUGCACAGACCACCGGUCAAACCGACAGCAGCACGACGCAGCCGCCCGCUUCCACCAGCGAAACCGGGGCAACGCAGCCACCCGCCUUCACCAGCGAGCCCGCUCGACCAACCACCCUGCAACCCAGCGCGCUGACCGUCAACCUGCCUGCUCCACCGUCAACCUCUAGUCACGCCACUACCGCAACCAGCAACAUGGCCAACUUACCGGCUCCAGCCGUCAGCUACACCGGCAACCUCAGCCAGCUGACCAGCAUAGCGACCCUGCUACCGUUCUUCCGCGGCAAGCUCCAUGAAGACCCCAUCACCUUCAUGCGACAGUGCACCGAGCUGCUUCAGGGUCACCACAUUCCCAGCUAUACCUGGGUCAUGCUUCUAAAAGCGCAACUACAAGACGACGCCGCCGCCUGGUGGAGAGACUACGGAGAAUUCGUCACCACCUGGGAACAGUUCCGUGACCGACUUCAGGCCCGUUUCUCGGGAGCCCAUAAAAUCGCAGCCGCUCACACGGAAUUUUAUGGCACCACCCACAAAGCGAACCAGCCAGUGGAGCGAUUCAUCCGUCAGAAGCUCCAACUACAGCAGCGCUUAGGAACCAACCUGGCUGAAGACGAGGUGAUCGCCCUGCUCAUCGGUCAGCUGAGUUCCGAGCUUCGCACCCUAGUUCGAGCUGCUCGUCCCACGAACUAUGAAGAGCUGAUCAUGAUCGCCAACGACCUGGAAACCGACCUCAACAGUCGACCAAAAUAUAAGCCGCCUCAACCUACGGCACCCGCAGGGCCACCCCAUCGAGAGCCGCCGCCGAGGUUCAACUACAACCAGCUUCCUCAGUGUCAUUACUGCCCGGCCAAGCAUUUUCAUCGCGACUGCCCAGAACUCGCGAAGAAACGGCAGGGAAACGGCGAUACUGGAGAGACUCGGACUCCACCCCUCCAGCACGGAAAGUCACCACCCCAACUACAAGCGAUAACCGUCACCGAACCGGCCAGCCAGUCAUUCCUUGGUCACGCCACCGUGGAUCCUGCCAGCGUCACCAAGCCUCCUUCCAACGUCACCGAAGACCCCUCGCUCUUCUCGGCUGACGGAGACUCUCCACGGUACCUAGCAGCCGCACCUCCACGGGCUAUCAAGAAUGACCCAGUACCAGUCGUCACCCGGGUCACCGUCUCACAACAGCAACCGCGUAAACAACUACACGCUCUACUCGAUUCAGCCGCAACGCACAACUUCGUGAGAGCUGCCCACCUCGACCACGGUACACGGAUCCAACUGCUGAAGCUACCUGUACUGCUGGCCAACCAUCCCACUAGCUGCGAAACGGCCAUACAAGGACAUCUGGAACUCCAGAUCCAACAGCACAUUCAAAAUAUUCCCUUCCUAGGUCUACCUGACCUACACGAAGACAUCAUCUUGGGACGACCAUGGUUUCGGGAGAAUAAGGCAGUGCUUGACUUUGAGCAAGACAGGCUAAUCUACGGCAAGACGCAGCGAGACACGGUCUUCUGGAUAGCGCAACCACCAGUCUCAGUAGAGAUGGACACUCACCUGGUUGACAAGUUACUAGAAGACACGCCCAGCGACCAGCACCGACGGUUAACAGUAUUACUGCAACAACACGCAAAAUUGUUCAUGGAGCAGAUGCCACCCUCCAUCACCACGGCCGCCACCAUGACAAUUCAACUCAACAGCUCAGAAAUACGCAGCCAGCGGCCUUACCGAUACUCACGGGAGAAACUGCAAAUUAUCGAGUCCGAAGUUGCCGCCCUCAAGGAACGCAACCUGGUAGAAGCCAGUGAUUCGCCUUACAACUCUCCAAUCAUCGUUGUCCCCAAGAAGGACGGCACAUCACGGUUCUGCAUCAAUUACCGAUGGCUGAAUUCCAUCACCGUUCCAGCCACGGCACCGCAGAUGACCCUACAGGACGUCAUUCGAAGCCUGGGAACUUCAAAAAUAUUCAGCUCACUCGACCUACGGAUGGGAUACUGGCAGGUACCACUCGCACCCCAGUCUUGA